AUGAAAAGCAAUAAAGUUCAAGACGAGUUCUCUAAGCAAGGAAUCAAAUGGAAAUUUAUAGUUGAGAGGGCGGCAUGGUGGGGAGGCUUUUGGGAGCGUAUGGUUCAGUCUCUUAAAGCUCUUCUGAAGAGAAUCUUAGGCAAAUCAUCCUUAACUUUCAGGGAAUUAGAGACAGUCAUAACAGAAGUGGAAGCUAUAUUGAACUCCAGACCUUUAACAUUUACAUACUCGGAUCUAGGAGAGCCAGAAUCUUUGACCCCUGGUCACUUCUUAAUAGGAAGACGAUUACUAUCAUUGCCACAAGGAAGCUCUAAAUUAACUUCAACAAAGGAGAGUCUUACACGUCGAUUUAGACAUCAACAGAUACUGGUAGAAAGAAUCUGGCGAAAAUGGAGGCAGGAUUAUUUGAUGAAUUUAAAAUCUGCUCAUCAUUCCAAACUGGCUGGCGAAAACAGGAACCUAUUUGAAGAAAGGAACUAUUGUACAUGA